AUGGAUUCACCGACAAGCUGCUGGAAUCUGCAGGCUGCUACCACUGUAACAAGCUCAUCUCCUGAACUAACGAGGGAGUGCGAAGACAAAGGUCUAGCCGUCAUUUCGUCUUCCCACGACUUAGCUCCUCGCACCAACGUACCACUGCAAGAAGCCUCCAGGUUCACCAGUAGCUCACGCGGAGCCCCACCCUCAAAAGGCAUAUCAGAUGGCACAGAAACGUCUCAUCCCACAUGCGGUGGCGCCUAUCAGCCUAUUUCGGGAAAUAUGAACAGCGGAGCCAGCAGUCCCCCCGCCGCACAGGCGAGUCAUGCGGCUGGUGCAAAACGCGAACAUGCAAAGGUGCUACAUGGUCAUGGGAAAUACGAUGAGUGGGCUCCUCUUCUUGAUGACGUGCUCCCCUCCAAGAGUCCGUCGCUUUUGUUAGGACAGAUUUGCUUCGAUGUGACGACCAGCGACCAGAGGGGAUCGUGGCUGUUGCCGGAGGAGCUGUUGGUCCCGCAACACUGCCCAACUGCUGAAGAGCAGCGGGACAGGCAGAUCUUUACCAACAUUCCAGUCACUGAAGAGGAACAGCAAGCUAUUGACCAGAUAGUGUUGCAGCUGCUGGAAAAGCACAACGAGGAAGAUGAUGCAACGAGUUCAGCAUGCAAGCUUUCACACGGAUUGCGGGGGCUGCAGCAUGCUUGGCUGGAGCAACUUGUACUGCGUUACCUAUACAGCUGUUCGUUUGAUAGGCAGAAGACGGUGGACCUUCUCAUCUCAACUCUCGCUUUCCGCACUCAACAGCUGCCUGUGUUGGAGUCCGAGGUGUAUUCUGAACUGAGGAAUGUAGGUGCAUGUUACUGGCACGGAAGAGACCGAAAGAUGCGUCCACUCCUUGUACUCUCGUUGCAGCGGCUCCAGCAGUUGCAGCGAGAGUCUGGAUCAGAGGAGAAGGUGACGCGGCUGGUCAUCUUUUGCCUUGAGUUCUUUUUGAGGUACCUCUGUGUCGCCGGCGUAGUGGAAAGUUGGUCUGUUCUCUGCGACCUGAAUGGCACGUCUAUCUCUAGCUUUCCGCUUCCAUUGCUGCUCAAAUUGAUUCAAUUGAUUCAAGGAGCGUACAGAGGUCGCCUUUAUCGCUUCUACGUGUUGCAUGCUCCCCGACUUUUCCACUUUGUAGCCCGACCCCUUGUUGCAUCGUUGCCGGCAACCACUGCAAAAAAGGUUCGGGUGUAUACGCAACUCGAAGAAUGGUAUGAGGAAAGGUGUAUGCAGUUCGCUGCUCAUCAAGUCGAAAAGAAGUUUGGGGGCACGGCUCCCGAUGUAACGGAGGCUUGGUACCCCUUCCGCUUUUAUCCAGGGCCUUUCGAACCCGAGGCCUCGCCGCAAUCCAGCGAUCUUAACAGCUCUUUCAUUCGCUGGGAGAGUGAGAAGAAGAUGCAUGUCAAGGUUCACCCGAUAGUGCACACAGGAGUCUCUCUGCACGCAUCGCUGCUGCGGAAGCGCAAGGACGAGGAGCAUCCGA